AUGGCCUACAACCCAACUGCGCUUGGGCAAUCAACGGAACCCCUUGUGCACGAUGUUUCGGGCGAGAUUUGGCAUCCCUUGUGGCAGCAGGAAUGCGCCUUUGGACCAGACAUUUUUGAGGAUGUCAUGAUGAAUCUGGUCAAGAACCCCAAUAUCAACUCGUCAUGGCUCUUCCGCGCGGACAUCCUCCACGAUUCGGACCCUGCCUGGACACCUGCCCCUCCUCCCACAUCUGACUCCCCGGACGAGGACGCCGCACAAGCUGUGCAGCAGCCCGUCCCUGUUACCUUCAGGGAUUUUCACAACAACCGCGUUCUUGUGCGUAGAUUGAUCCCGCGCAACACUCGCCGGGACGACCCCCUGGAGCAGACAUGCGUCUUCGCUUCCUGUACCCCAGAUGCUACUAAGACCAGGUCCCUGGUUGUCUACCUUCCCCACGUGUCCUCUCCCGACGACCUUCCCUUCUAUCACCCCAAGGUCCGGGGUGUCGCGCAUCUUCACGAGUGGGACGCUGCGUGCGCCGUGGGAACGGUCUCUAUUCACUACCUGUUUUACGACGAGGCCGACUUCGCCCUAGACAAACUGGUGCGGACCGCCCGCAUGUUGCUGCAGGCGCUCUGGAAGCACGGCCAGGGGCGGGUUCAAGGGUACACCAAGCGAGUGCACCACGACGUUGUCAUCCCACAGGCGCGGUUCCAGAACCGCUACACGGAGCUCAAACUCAAGUAUGCCAAGGACUUGGUGGAGAAUUGGGCUGAGACGACUGACCCUUCAAAACAUGUUUUUGAGGAUUUAGGCAUUGCUGCUUUUCUGAUCGAGCUCUGGGCAGAGAUGUAUAGGGACCAGCCGUUCCCUGGGUUCGUGGACAUUGGCUGCGGCAACGGUCUGUUGGUAUGUCUUCUGAUAAAAGAAGGCUAUGCUGGAUGGGGUUUCGAUGCCAGAGCGAGAAAGUCAUGGGCAAAGUACAACUCUGUCCAGGAUGGACGAGACUCCCUCCAGGCCUUGGUUCUUCUCCCAGAUAUCGUUUCCAGGCCAUCCUACGCUGACGGCGAGGAGCCUGUUCUGGACUUGACAAAGAUCCACAACGGAACUUUCCCCAAGGGCACUUUCAUCGUCUCAAACCACGCGGACGAGCUGACGCCGUGGACACCGAUCCUUGCGACACUCUCUGAGAGUCCCUUCAUCAUGAUCCCUUGCUGCAGCCACGCGUUGGGCGGCCAAAAGUACCGCCCGCCUCCUCCGCGUGACAAGACCAAGUCGCAGUCGACGUACGCCUCGCUGGUCGACUGGGCCGCGCAAAUCGCCGAGGACUGUGGUUGGGUUGUCGAGACGGAGAUGUUACGCAUCCCGAGUACACGCAACACCGCCAUGUUAGGGCGCAAGCGAACGCGGGAUGUCGAAGAGGUGGCCAUUGACGGGGUGUUGGCCAAACAUGGUGGGACGGAGGGAUAUUUUGAAAGCGCGGCUAAGUUGACCAAGACUGAAAAGGGGCAUUAG